UGCAAUUGCUUAUCAUGCAGCCAGGCGAAUCCAAGGCCCUUCUAGUGAAGGCGCCGUCCCAACGCGCGUCAUCCGUGCCCCUUGUCCGACAGAUGUCUGACUUUGCCGAGAGCACCAACCAGGCGAACGUGAACAAGCACGUCGAAGCUGUCCUCGCCACGGUCGGCGCCGACCCGGCCGACAAACUCACGAGUUCGUUCGUAUACACGCUGCUCGUGCUUGCCAUCACCGUACCCUUCUUCCUCGGACCUCUCCUCGUCUACUUCAAGGUUGACAACGUCGUGUCGUGGUCGUGGUGGUUGGUGCUCUUGCCGCUAUGGGUGUUCAACGCCGUGUGGUUGUACUCGACGUGCUUUUUCAAGGGGAUCGACCCUGUGGACCGUGAAGAUCACUUUGAUGAUUCCCAAGACGUCACCAGGGUCCAGGAUGGGGCCACUGAGGGCAGCACCACCGACGUCGUUGAAGUGACUGCACCUGUCGAGCCCAAACCCGAGAACCGCGUCUUCAACGUGUUCCUCGUGCUCAUGUACAUCUUGACCGAAGUGUUCAUCUGCCUCAAGCUGGAAGGGUCCAUCACGUGGCACUGGGCGGCCCUCAUGACGCCGUACUACCUCGUCUCGCUCAUGCAGGGCAACUGCGCGGCGUUCGCCAACGUCGCCCAAGUCGUGCUCGUCGCGACGAAACUGGACGGAACGCUCACGUGGAGCUGGAACGCCGUGUUUUUUCCAUAUUGGAUCGCGGUCGUCGUCAGCAUCGUUCUUGUGCCACUGGGCGUCUUCGCUGCGGUCAAGUUUUCCAUUGCGAAUGCAUCUUCACUGGACGACGACCCCCAGAAGCCUCCAUCCGCCGCGUGGCCCGUGGUUGCCGCCGUCUCGUCCUUGGUGCUGACCGUCGCGACGUUUUCGCCCUUCCUCUUGCUCAUGUACAAGCUCAACUGGGGCGACUUGGCUACCAUCGUGGUCUUUGCUCCGUACUUUGGAGUGCUCUUGGUCGCGUGCCUCUCGCUCCUAGUGUUUGGCCUCGUUAGCCUCUACCGUGGCACCGUGUAUGAAGAAGCAGAAGAUAACGUUGUUUAAGAACCCAAAGCAUCAUUCGAACCGUAACGUGAUGGCAACAUCGCGCGUCGAUUGGUUCAAAUUGCGUAAAAUGCAACAAACCAACACAUUUGAUUGGGCAUUUAACAAUACUUUGACGAUCGAUAACCACUGUGUUAUUGGACCGGUC